GUUCCUUUGGCCGAUCACAGUGUUCUUCUUGUCCUUGGUCUCGCUGACGGUGAUGUACAUGCUCGUUGGAGUACUCGUGGAGGUGGUCCACGUGGUGUCCUCCGUGGAGAAAGACAGCUUGGCGGUGUCGUACCUCGCUCAUGAGAUGAGGAUCGAACUUGAUAAGUUGGGCUUCGACUCAGAGGAACCGAUCAGCAAAGUGGAGUUCCAGAAGCUGGUG